AUGUUCCACUCGUUUGAUAGCCGCCGGAGCCCCUCGGUCUCGGCAGCCGCGUCUCCGACUCCGUCCCGGAAGGUUAACCGCUCGUGCCAGGAGUGUACAAGGCGGAAGGUCAAGUGCGACGGCGGCCACCCUUGCGCCAGCUGCCAAUACUAUAAAGUGGCAGACGCAUGCAGCGAAGCAGACGACAUGCUCACUCUUGAGAAGACUUCGGAAAAGCUCCGCGCCCAGUCCCGCGUCCUGCAGGAACUCUUCCCUGACAUCCCCGUGGAUGACCUGGUUGGCAAGAGUCGAGCAGAACUACUCGUCCUGCUACCCCGAGACUCACUCUUUGGUGUGCGUUCCAUCGCUCCACAGCCAGAUCUCUCGCCAGCCGGCGCCAUCUCGGCUGCCGCUGACGAGGACGAGGACGAGGACGAUGGCCCGGACGACUCGACGCAGAUCUCUGAGGGUGGGGAAGCCGCCAACGACAGACGCUGGGAGGAAUCCGCGCAGCAGCCCGCCACCAUCCGCGCCAGCGACGACAUCAACGCCAUCAGCCUGGCAACGGACCAGCACCGCCGUUCCUACCUUGGCGUCACCUCCAUGAGCGCUGUCCUGAGAGCCAUAUUCCGCCUCUGCCCUGCUGCAAAGGAGCAUACCGCCCAGCGCGCAAGGACGUGGAACGAGUCCCAGAACCAGUCCCAGCUGCUGCUGUCACUGUCCCUAAUCAGCCCCGGCGCCGGUCAGAAUCCCCUACGUGAGCAGCGCUGUGUCGACUUCUACUUUGAUCACAUCCACCCCAUCACCCCGAUCCUCAAUGAGGACGACUUCCGGCGAACCCUUGCCACGGGGGACCGCCACGACGGGUCUUGGCAGGCCCUCCUCAACAUGGUCUUCACCCUUGGCUCCAUCGCCUCCGGCAGCGACUCACUGCAUGUGCACUACUACAAACAGGCACGCGCUCACCUCGACCUAGACUCCCUCGGCUCCGGCAAUAUGGAGAGCCUCCAGGCUCUCUGUCUGCUAGGUGGCUACUACCUCCACUACCGCAACUCCCCAAACAUGGCCUAUGCCGUCCUUGGCGCCGCCCACCGCGUCGCGAUAGCUCUAGGCUUGCAUCGAGAACCUGCCCGCAGCCGCGCCGCCGAGCGCGCCGAGAACCAGUCGGAACAAGGCACGCACAUCUCUCGUGCCGAAAAGCGCCGCCGGACCUGGUGGAGCCUCUUCUGCCUAGACACCUGGGCGAGCAUGACCCUGGGCCGUCCGACCUGCGGCCGCUGGGACAGCAGCACCAUGGACGCGCUGCUCCCCACAUCGCUGUUCCCCGAUGACUACGUCGCCGCCUCGCUGCGGGCGAGCUGCUUGUUCUGUCAUAUAUGCGACCGUAUCCAGCACCGCUUCGCUCAGCAUGCCCGCCUGUCCGCCCAAGAAGCCAUGGCCUUCGACCGCGAGCUUAGGGAGUGGUAUGCCUCUCUCCCGGAAUAUCUGAGGAACCCAGCAAAUUCCCCGCCCCGACUGACGGUGGCCCGCGAGUUUAUGCGCAACCGGUACCUAAGCGUGCGACUUAUCCUGUCUCGCUGCUUCCUGCUGUACCUCAUCCACGAUCAUAGCCUCAAGCGCGGCGCCGCUACCAUCUCCGCAGUCAUCGAGCCUUCUCCUGAUGACAUGAUGCUAGUCGACACAUGCCGUUCCGUCGCGUCGGAGGCCAUCGACGCGAUAACUCUCUAUUGGACGCCCAACCGUAUCCAUGUCUGGAACUCGGCAUGGUACCUAUUCCAAGCUUGCAUGGUUCCGUUGCUGUCCAUCGCCAUCGAGACCAACCGCCGCAUCUCGUUCCGCAAGCAACAGCAACACCAACACCAACAGCAAGUACAACAGCAACCGCCGAGUUCACAGCAGCCAACCAUCUGCUCAAUAACAUCCCUAACCAACGCCAGCAUCCCGGCAUCAACGCCAGCCCCUUCUCCAGAAAACGAUACCCUCCUGGCUACCUGGUGCACGAGCCUCACGAAAGCCCUUGAGCUCUUUGCCGAGAUGCGCCCCUGGAUGCGAGCCUCGGACCGCACCCCAGACAUCAUUUCCGCACUCUUUGAGGCCGUCACUGCCGACAUCGAGGGAUCCGGCGCCGGCUCCGCCACGCGCACCCCCUCGGCCACCACGGACAGUGGCAUGGACCUGUUUGGGUGGUGCGACGAGCAGCUGACUGAACUGGACUGGGGCUCGUACCUCAGCGGCGGCGGAGGCGGCGAAGGAGGCAUGCAUCAGGGCAUGUUUGCCUUUUCCUGA